AUGAAAGAUGAAGACAAGUUUUUGAUACACGAAAAUAUCAAAUCAGGGAACACAUUGAUUGCCAGCCAAUUGAUAAACGAAAACCCCCAAUUAAAUUUAAGAGCUGAUGAAGAUGGUAGGUGUCCAAUUCAUUGGGCAGUUUCUAUGAAUAAUUUUGAGAUGGUAAAAUUAUUAGGAUCUAAAGGAAAUCUCGAUAUUGAUGAAUUGAUCGAUGAUAGUGGUUGGACAGCUAUACAUAUAGCUUGUAGUAUAGGUAAUGAAGAGAUGCUUGAUUACCUUAUGAAAUUAACGCCUACUCCAGAUGUUAAUUUGAAGACAAAUCAAGGUGUUACGCCACUUCACCUAGCUAUACUGAAAAAAAAUUUAGGUGUAAUAAAAAAGUUAAUUAUCGAAUACAAAUGUAAAUGUAAUGUUAAAGAUAAGAAUGGAUAUACUCCAUUACAGAGAGCAUCAUCAAUUGGAUUAUUAUCAAUAAUAACUUUAUUGAAUGAAAAAGGGAAAGUGAAUUUGAAUUCCACCGAUAAUUAUGGUUGGACUGCUUUACAUCAUGCAUUGGCUGAAGGUAAAGGAGAUGCAGCCAAGUUAUUAAUUGAUUUAGGAGCCGAUAAAGAAGUUAAUAGUCCUGAUGGGUUACCAAUCGAUGUUUGUGUUGAUGAAAAAAUCAAAAAAUACGUUUUCCAGUAA